AUGGAUGAUAGUGAUAAGCAGGCUGAUGACGACAUGGAGGAUGAGGUAGAUGACCCAUUGGACCACCAACCCGCUGGACUUGUUGGGCAAGUGUUGGGUGUCAAAGAGGUUCGGACGAUAUAUUCACAAGAAAAAAUUGAAAUGUUGUACAUAAAUGAGUUGUGCAAGUUGUGGGACAUCCCCCUUGGGAAAAGGAUCGUGAUGGAGUAUAAUGGAUCGUGGCAGCAAAUAGGACAAAGUGGGUCAAAAUUUAGACAGGUAAUGGGCAAGACUGUUAGGAGCGAGGCUUUCCUCAGGAUAUCCGAUGACUGGACAAAGGUACCCGUCAACACAAAGGACGAUUUAUGGAGCUCAUUGAUGACGCGGUUCUAUAUCCCGCCUGGCUUGGACAUUGAGGCAAUCAAGAAGGACACAUUACAUGACAUGGGCGAGAAGCUGAGAUGUUGGAGACAUGACUUGAAAAAGAAACUUCGUAUUCAGCGCGGUGAGACUCUUGCGACAGUGAAGCGGAGGAUGUGCGAGUUCCUUGGAGGGUACAACAACGCAGACGUGGAUAUAUUGUUGGAGAAGUGGUGCGAUCCAUCCUAUCAAGACUAUGCUCAGCAUAUGAGAGAAAUACAAGCAUUGAAUAACACACCACACUGCACUGGCUCGAAGAGCUUGGCAAGAUUAUCAAAUGAGGAGCUAAUUACUGUGGGCAGGGCUCCUAUACGAGCGCAGGCAUACAUCAAGACCCACCGAAAGAAAGAUGGUAGCUACCCAAAUCGGGAGGUCGAGGAUUAA